AUGCGUACUAAGCAUAAUCCAACAUUGAAAUAUAUGGCCAAUAUUAUGGAUUUCGGGGAACAUAGUAACAAUGAAAUCCAGCGGGCUAUGCUACCACGAACAGAACCUGGUUACAGUCACACGCUACUUAUUUUCGACGAGCCGUUAUUCCGCCGGACAUCAGAACUUACAGGGCUUUUCUCGAGUGGGUUACACGAGGAAUAG